AUGUCGUCUAGAAAACGCUCACCCCAUGAUUUUAUCUUCAAAGAAGAACUAGGACAUGGUUCAUACUCCACAGUCUACAAAGCAAUAGAUAAAAGAAACACAAAGAGAAUAUUUGCCAUAAAAGUAUGUUCUAAAGCUCACAUCAUCAAAGAGUCUAAAGUGAAAUACGUAACCAUUGAGAAAAAUACAUUGAAUUUAUUGGCAAAGGCUCAUCAUCCAGGUAUCGUUAAAUUAUAUUACACUUUCCACGAUGAAGAGAAUCUAUAUUACGUAUUGGACUAUUUACCAGGUGGCGAACUUUUAAGUCUAUUGCAUAAGAUGAAAACUUUUAGUGAAGUUUGGUCAAAACAUUUCACUGUACAAUUGGUGGAUACUUUAGAAUUUAUACACUCUCAAGGUGUCAUUCAUAGAGAUUUAAAACCAGAAAAUGUCCUCCUGGAUAGAGAUGGGAAAUUGAUGAUUACAGAUUUUGGUGCCGCAUAUACAACAACAGCGGGGAAUAAUGAUGCAAAUAAAUCAAGUUCUUCAUUUGUUGGAACAGCUGAAUACGUAUCACCGGAAUUAUUACUUCAUAAUCAAUGCUCAUUUAGUUCUGAUGUUUGGGCUUUGGGUUGUAUGAUCUUCCAAUUUGUUACGGGAUCUCCCCCAUUUAGAGGAGAAAAUGAAUUGAAAACGUUCGAGAAAAUCGUAGCACUAGAUUACCCCUGGAGUAGCACGAAUAUUCAUAAUAAUAAAUUCUUGAACAACAUAAACCCAUUAAUCAUUAACCUAGUUAGGAAAAUAUUGGUGUUGGAACCCAAGGAUAGAUUAUCUUUGAAAAAAAUCAAACAAGAUCCUUGGUUUGCCACUGUCAACUGGAAUGAUAGAAAUACCAUAUGGAAGGGAAUUUGGCAGCUUCAAUUACCAACCCCAGUCAAUUCAUCGUCAUCCUCUUCAUCCACUUCGUCUGCAUCAGUUUCCAUUCCUGAAUAUUCAAUACCAUCUACGAUUAAUACCAUAUCAACAUCAACCACACCAAGAUCCAGUGCACAUCAACACUUACUUCCAAGUAGGCAAUUGCACGUAAUUGAUACUUCAAUUAGAAAUAUUCCCAUCACCAAACAGAAAAGAAAGAAACCAACAAAGAUUCCAAAUACGACAAGUAGCAUAGUGGAAUGGAGAAAAAAACUUGGUAUAUCAUCUAAUAACAACAAUAAUAAUCAUGUCCUCACAAAUAUCGACAUAACAGAUACAGAGGGGCUAAGUAUCGACACCGAACUGUCUUCUUCAAACUUCAUUACAAACCCACCACCACCACCACCAACACAGAUACUACGACAACAUUCUCAAUCUUCACCACCAUCAUAUCCUAACACUUCAUCCAAUUUAACAUUAGAACAAGUUAUUGAUCAAAUACCGACGGAGUAUAAACAAUCACCUACUAAGAACAAAAUGGGUCCUACACUCAUGAUGAAUAACAAUGGGAUAUCGGAAAAUCAAACACAAGAUCAUAUUAUACCAUCAACACCACCAGUACCGCCCUUUUUCCCACAUUCAUCCAAUAGAAGUCCCAUAUCAACAUCUGUUUCCAUGUCUACUCUCGAUAAAUAUUUGAACAACGCCGACAUUAACAAAAACAGAAAACUGGCGAAGGAUAGCGUGAUAAACAUUACAAAUGAGAGUGUUCUAAAGCAAGAUUAUGUCUACAUUUAUACUAUCCCAUUCAAAGCUGAUGGUCCUGCAAUGUGUCUGGAUAGUUAUUCUCAAAUUGAUAACGAUUUAAUCACCUCUCUAGUUUCCAAAUACAAAACAUCUUUAAAAUCUGUAAAUACACUCCCUUGCAUUCUAAUGCUAGGUAAGAAUGGUGAUUUAUCAUAUGUGAAAAAUAACUCCCCAACUUCACCAACAGCAUCAAAAAAUUCAGAAUUAAUGGUUAAUGUGGCAGAUUCAGAUUUAUCAAUGUAUGAUUUUGAAUUUGACGAACUGGCAAGAAAGGGAUUUCUCAUAUUGGAAAGGUAUAGGAAAAAACUUUGGUUCAUUUCAUUACCAUCCAUUCCUAUACUAUCUUCAAUUUCGCCACCAUCGCAAACUUCAUAUGAUCCUUUAGUGGUUAAUCGAGAAAAGGGUUGGGUAGACUGUUUCUUUAAAGCUCGUCAAUUGAUUGAAGAAGACGAAAAGAGGGUCGUUGAUAAAGUUAAAGGUAUAAAGUUAUCACCCCCCGCAGAGAAAAGUAAGAUACCAAAAGGGCUUGACAGUACUGUUACGAUUAGCAAUGAGAAAACUAAUAAUGCCUCAUAUAAAACAAACUCUACGACAACUCUGAAAAUAGCUACUUCAACUUUUCCCACGAAGAAAGAAGUACCACAAGCACAACUUACUUCUGAUACUUUUCCCGCGACUAAUACUUCUGAGACGACAGUUGCUAAGAACAACGGAUUUGUACCACCAUCAAAGAAUCUGAAUAAUAAUAACACUAACAAUAUAAUGAAAGGUAAACAACAAUCUUUAGUAAGCAAGAGAGUAACACCUAUUGCAACAAAAGAUAGAACAGUUCCUACCGCUCAGGUUUCGACAUCAUCCAGAAUAAAACAUCCUCAUUAUAUGAUACCUCCAACUUUGCGAGUUCAAGCACCGGGACAGGGACACUCUCGAAGUACGUCUCAACCAACAUCUCCCGUAUUAUCACAUAAGCCAUUAUCACCACAAUUAACGUACAAUAAAAAAUACCAAAUGCCCAGUAAUAUGGUUGUUAGUAGUAGCCGAUAUGAGGUGAUACAUACUUUAAAUCAAGGCAAAACCAGGAACCUUUCUGAACCUAAUGUUGCUAGUAGUGGUGCUUCUGCAGCGUUUAAGAAUUUACAGCAACGUAGGAAAGAUGAAGCACUAAAUAAAUAG